UGCAUCACUUCCUGUGCAUGCUGAGGCAGAUCUUGGCAGUCAAGCACAUUUACACACUCACUCACUCACUCACUCAUCUUCUGUCAGCAGUAACGUUACACUCGAGCUGAGCCCGCGUCUUUUUGUCCGCGAUCCUAGCGCUUCCAUCAUGACCCAGAGGUGAUCCUCGUUCCCGGUGGUUCUGGGAGUCCAGGUCUGCAGUGAGAGAGUGUAAAAGAGAGGUCUCUUUAUAGGUGAAAGGAUUGCCCAGGGCCACAGCACCCAGGAUCUGAAGGAAAGGAGAGCAGCAGUUAUCCAGGCAGGACUAAAGAUCAGGAUGGAGAAGGAAGAUCUGAAGAUUGUCAACAGGGGUUUGGAGGAUGAGAUGGAGCUGAGUGGGUAUCGGCUGUGCAGAUGGAAGCUGGUUCUGGUGGGUUUGGGUGGUCUCUGUACAGGCGGUUUUCUCUUCCUACUGCUCUAUUGGAUGCCUGAAUGGUGUGUGAAGGCCACCUGCACACGGUCUGCUGUCAGAGACGCAGAUGUCGCCCUCUUACAAAGCACUGAUGAGUUCAAGCGCUGGUUUCGAGCGAAGGUUCGGAUAAUGCUGGCCCCUGGGAAGGACCCUUACGACAACCUGGCCUCUCAGACCGUCUCCCAUCGGGCCAAUGACCACGCCCACAACCCCUCUGACUCCGCCCCUGGGAAAAUCACCCGGAAUCCAGAGGACCAGCAUGUGCCGAAACGUUAUUUUACCCUCCACAGCACUAAAUACUUUUGGAACGAAUCCAUCCAGAACUUUGAAGUAUUGAAAGGCCUGGAAGAUCUGAGCAUGACCUGCUCAUCCGUUCACUCAAAGCACAGCGCCGGGCUCAACAAAAACCAGCAGGAGUACAGGAGAUUUUUUUUUGGACUGAAUGAAAUAGACGUGAAAGUGCCUUCUCUUUUCAAGCUGCUAAUUAAGGAGGUCCUCAAUCCUUUCUACAUCUUCCAGCUCUUCAGUGUUAUCCUGUGGUGUACUGAUGCAUACUAUUACUACGCAAUGGCCAUAGUCAUCAUGUCAGUCAUAUCAAUAGCUACCUCUCUCUACACUAUUAAAAAGCAAUAUGUAAUGCUACAUGACAUGGUGGCAGCACACAGUACUGUUCGAGUUACGGUCUGCAGGGGAGAAAACGAAACAGAGGAAGCCCUGUCCACAGACUUGGUCCCCGGCGAUGUCAUAGUCAUUCCCAGCAAUGGGAUCAUCAUGCCCUGUGAUGCUGUGCUUAUUUGUGGAACCUGCAUUGUUAAUGAGAGCAUGCUCACAGGUGAGAGUGUUCCAGUCACAAAGACUGACCUUCCGAACCCUCAGCAGGACAUUAAGGGUGGGGAUGGAGACGCGAUCUACAGCACAGACGAACACAAGAGACAUACACUGUUCUGUGGCACAAACAUCAUACAGACUCGCUACUACACUGGAGAAAUGGUCAAAGCCGUGGUAGUCCGAACAGGUUUCAGCACUGCUAAAGGGCAGCUCAUCCGCUCUAUCCUGUACCCCAAACCCACAGACUUUAAGCUGUACCGGGACGCCUACCUGUUCCUGCUGUGCCUGGUGGCCGUUGCCAGCAUCGUCUUUGUCUAUUCUUUAGUCAUGAAAAUCAUAAAUCAGGAACCAGUAAAGGAAAUCAUAGUCAAGUCUCUGGACAUCAUUACUAUCACGGUGCCCCCUGCACUGCCUGCAGCAAUGACAGCGGGCAUCGUAUACGCUCAGCGGCGUCUCAGGAAAGUCGGGAUAUUCUCCAUCAGCCCACAAAGAAUCAACAUCUGUGGACAGCUGAACCUGGUGUGCUUUGACAAGACAGGCACUCUGACAGAAGAUGGCUUGGACAUGUGGGGAAUUCAGCGAGUAGAAGAUGGCAGAUUCCACCAUUCAGAAGAAAAAGCCGACGAUAAGAGCUUGGUUACUACCAAGUUUGUGUCCUGCAUGGCCGCCUGUCACUCCCUCACCAAGAUUGAGGGUCAGCUCUCUGGAGAUCCACUCGACCUCAAGAUGUUUGAGGCCACUGGCUGGAUAUUGGUGGAAGCUACAGAAGAGGAGACGGCUCACCAUGACCGCAUUGAACUCACUUAUGUAAAACCGCCCAAUCAGCUUCUGCCGCCAUCUGUAACAUCACCUGAACAGGACAUGGAACUGUCUGAACUCUAUGAGCUCUCGGCAUCAUAUAUGAUCGGUAUUGUGCGGCAGUUCUCCUUCUCCUCCGCCCUGCAGAGAAUGAGCGUGGUUGUCCGACAGAUUGGAGAGAGACGUAUGGACGCGUAUCUGAAAGGGGCACCAGAGGUUGUGGCAAGCCUGUGUAAGAAAGAAACAGUGUAAGAGGGUUUUUCGGAGGUUUUGUGGGGGUACACCAAACAGGGCUUCCGGGUCAUUGCACUGGCACACAGACGGCUGGAAUCCAAACUCACAUUUCACAAAGUGCAGAGCAUUAACCGGGAUCAAAUUGAGAAAAAUAUGGAUUUUCUGGGUUUGAUCAUCAUGCAGAACAAGCUGAAAACGGAAACUCCAGGUGUGCUGGAAGAUCUACGACGUGCCAACAUACGAACCGUUAUGGUCACAGGUGACAACAUGCUGACGGCCAUCUCUGUGGCACGAGACUGCGGCAUGAUUCAGCCACAAGACCGAGUCAUUAUUGCCGACGCUCUGCCUCCUAAAGACGGCCAGGCUGCCAAGAUCGACUGGCACUAUGCCGACCAACCCAGCAAACAGCUGAACAAGCCCACCAAACUAGAGGAGAUGGAGAUUAUUAUGGAAGAUGGGCAUUCUGUGGAUGAGAUGAGAAUUCAGGAGCAGUAUCACUUUGCCAUGAGCGGCAAAUCUUUUGCUGUAAUAAUUGAGCAUUUCCAGGACUUGCUACAGAAGCUGGUGCUUCAUGGAACAGUAUUUGCAAGGAUGGCGCCUGACCAGAAGACUCAGCUUGUUGAGACAUUAGAAAGUGUAGACUAUUUUGUAGGAAUGUGUGGAGAUGGAGCGAAUGACUGUGGGGCUCUGAAGAGAGCUCAUGCUGGGAUCUCCCUGUCAGAGCUGGAGGCUUCAGUGGCUUCUCCCUUCACCUCCACAACUCCCAACAUCACCUGCGUGCCCAACCUGAUCAGGGAGGGCAGAGCAGCUCUCAUCACCUCCUUCUGUGUGUUUAAGUUCAUGGCCCUCUACAGUAUUAUUCAAUGCCUCAGUGUUGCUCUUCUGUACUCUAUUGGCAGUAACCUGGGUGACUUUCAGUUUCUCUUCAUUGACAUAGCCAUCAUUCUUGUAAUUGUCUUCACCAUGAGUUUGAACUCCGCAUGGAAGGAGCUUGUCGCCCAAAGACCUCCCUCUGGUCUCGUCUCAGGUCCUCUCCUCUUCUCAGUUCUGACCCAGAUUAUUAUUUGCCUGGGUUUCCAGAUCAUGGCCUUCCUCUUGAUCCAAAAAUUGGACUGGUACUCCAAGCCAGAUUUCUACAACUGCUUUGUUCCUCAUCACAUGGAUGACUUCACUAACUCGACUAAAGAAAGAAUCAAGAAUGAUGUGAAUACCACAGUCUUCUUCGUCUCCUCUUUUCAGUACCUCAUUGUCGCCAUUGUUUUCUCCAAAGGAAAACCUUUCCGCCAGCCCAGCUACAAGAAUUGGCCAUUUGUCCUCUCUGCUUUCAUUCUCAACGGUUUCCUGUUUUUUAUCAUGUUUUUUCCAGUUGCUGAAAUUGAUGACUUUUUAGAGCUCGUAUGUGUUCCUUUGAGCUGGCGUGUGUCUAUGGUGCUCAUCUUGCUGGGCAACACCGGGAUGUCUGUCUUUAUCGAGACUGUCGUGCUUGACGUCAUCUUAUGGAAGCAUGUGUUCAGCAGAGACAAGCAGGGAAGCUAUGGCAUCUCCCCUGCAGCCCCGACACCACAGGGAGGAAUAGACCAGUUUGGAACUAAAUGCCUCACCUGGCUCUGCUGCCGGCAGAAAAAAGUGCCCAAGGCUCGGUACAUGCACCUGGCCCAAGAGCUGAGCGUGGAUCCCGACUGGCCUCCCAAACCUAAGAGCACUACUGAAGCCAAACCCGCCCCUCAUCCGGACGACUACUCCUACCAGAUUGAGGCCAUUUCCUAGCAUUUCCACCAACACACUCUGUAUUGCACGUUCAAACCACCAGGAAUUCCUUUAAACAAAAAAAAACGGUCAAAUUAAUGAAUUUGUUAAAACAGAUAUGAAAAAGACACCAAAACCCUGCAAAGGAGAGUCUCUGUGUUGUCUCUUGUUUGACUUUUCUUUUAUUCCUGCUGCUCAAGUUUUUUUUUUAAUGGGCGGGGUUCACAGGCUGGGAACUGUGGAAGCCCCACCCACAUGGGCAUGCGGUUUGUCACCAAUAUACCCUUAAGACAUCACAUAGACCGCGAGUGAUUGAACUCGUUAACCAAAUGUGGCUCUUUAAAUCACCUUCUUCAUGAUUUCAUGGACCUGUGGCUCUCCUACGGAUAUCAUGGAGGCUCUUCACUGGAUUUCAAGCGUUGUCCUGUUGAUGUAGUAUUGAAUCAUCUCUACAGGCUGUGCAGCAGAGGCUGCAUGCUACACUUUGGAAACCAUCGCUGCAUGCGGAACAAACCAAACCAAACCAGUGGCUCACAGAAUCCAAGAUUCAGCUUAAUUUACAGCCAGCUCGUUUUUACAAAUAUAUCGGUGUAGAUAUAUAAUUAGACAUGUUCUUUACUUUUCAUAUCUCUUCCCAUGGAAGAAUGGAGGUGGGAAUUUAGCUGUGGAAGGCCAAAUAUUGUGAAAGUUGUUUGUAUUUUGUUCAUUUCUUCUGGCGCAAUAUCUGGCGAUGGGAUUUGAUUUUGGUCCAUCUUGAACCUUUGCACUGUUUUUUUGGUGGUGGGGUGGGGGGGUUCUCCAUUGAAAACAGUGUCUGAAACCUGUCACGACAAAACCUGUUCAUUCAAAAAAAAAGAAGACAUUUUUGCAAUGACACAUUUGUGGGAAUUGCACUGGGAAUCGGCUGGAAGGGGCUUGGGUGCAUUGAUUGCUCACUGAGAAAUUUUGCAAUCCAAAUUAAAUUGGACUGCCAAUGAAUUCACUCAAAAUUGGCCAGUUAACAGUAUUACUUGUUCAUGACUUGUAAACGGUUUUGCUGCUAAUCUAGGGAAAAAAUUUUUUUUUCAAAAUGUUGCAGAUGGUCCCUUCCGUCUUUCCAGAUGUGAUUUAUUUGCAUAAUUUAUGCAGUCCAGUCCAACUAUCCUAAACUUGCUGGUUUGUCUCAGUGUAUACAUUUUUUUUUUUGGUUUUGAAGGGAAAACAUGUUUGUUUUUAUAUUUAUAUAUAUAAAAUCGUACACGUGUUGUUCCUGAAAUGAACCACUAAGCAAUAUAAGGUGAUCAUCUUUGUUUUUUACCUGACAGUUUGUAUUGUCACUCUGCAAAAAAUCCAAGCUAUUGAUAGUGCUUGUGAAGAGUUUUGGUCAGGCAUUUCGCUGAGGUCCGUGUCCUUUUUUUUUUUUUUAGUCCUUUUUUUUUUUUUGAUGGAUUUCAACACACAAAAAGUCGCAAAUGGAAAAUGAUUUAAUAGUAAAAUUUUACUAUUUAAAAAAAAAAUAAAAAAUACAAAAAGUACCAGUUGCAUGUCUAUUGGACUGCACUUCAUUUAAUAAAUAAUAUGUGAGAUAAUUUGUAAACAUAUUAAAGAUAUGUUCUACAUGAACAUUAAAAUGUUCUUUGAAAACAAAGGAAUGUGCAAAUUUUUAAAAAAGGACUCCAUGAAGUAGAAGUUCAUACAGUAAAUCUUACAGUCUGAUCACAGAUUUUCUUCCGUGUUUGCAUUUAUGUAUUGUUUGGUCUUCAAAUUCAUGUUGAUUUAUUUUGCUGUACAGGGCAUUUUUAAUUCUUCAGUUUAAUCUGUAAAAGGGCUGAAUCUGUCUGUCUUUUUAUUGCUCCAUUUCUGCAAUACUUUGGUACUGUUUGAUUUUUGAAAUGGUAUUGAUAAUCUGAAAUAAUUGCAAUGUGUUCUUUUCAACCGUGUUUGUCCGAUAUUGUAUCAGUAUGUUUGUUUAUAUCAUAAACGUGUUUGCUGGGCAUUCCUUGAACGAGGCAACAAAAAAAGUCUCCUUGCUCUUAUUGACCUGGGUGACACGAUCAAUUAAAUGAUGUUUCAGUUUUAUAAACUACCACCUCAAAGCAUCUGCUCGCACCAUUUACUGAGCCCAGAUGGAUAAACAAACUUUUUUUGUAUGUCGGUAACUAAUGUGAAUGCAAUACUGAAUGCUUUUGGGAUUUGGGAAUAUUAAAUUGUUUACUUUUUUAAUUAUUGUCCUUGUUAAUGCUGAGUUUAUUAUUUGUUGCUUUUUUUUAAUUUAAAUUUAAAUCGUUUCAUUUGUCUUGAUCUGAACUGUGUGGUGUGGCAAUCAGUUUCUCUUCCUCUAGGAGGCAGUGGGUUAUUUCUAGGCCUUGGAGAACAUCAUUAAAUCAUCUCUCUCGAUAUCAAAUCUUCACCUUAUGCACGGUUUUAUUGGUUUUGUUCACUUUCACACCUUCAAAUGCACGCUGAAAUAUCCGUCAUGUCACUCUUUAUGUUCCAUGGCAAUCUUAUAUGUGCUGAAAAGUGAUUUUUCCAAAACUGGGGCCAUGUUCACGUCAUCUGUAUGUCAUAUCUGCAGUUCUAUAGGAUAGGAACACAUAGGAAUAAGAGUGUUUGAUUACUGGAGGUAAUUCAGUUCACAUUGUUACUCUUUACUUUUGCUUGUUCAUUUUGUACAGUUUCAUUUUCAUGUGAGAACGGUGUUGUCAAACAUGAGUAAAAGUUCAGCCACUGGUUCUUUUAAAGCUGGAGUGGUUAAUUUCCUCAGGGAAAUGUGUUUAUUUUUAAUGAUUAAUGCUAAAUAAAUAAGUAUGGAAAGAU